AUGAGACCCUCUCAAGAUCUAGCAAAUACCAGAGAGUAGAGACACAUGAUUCAAGAAAUGAUAGAAAAGCGGAAAAGGAAUAACAGAGAUGUAAACAAAAGCUUUGAAAGCCCUUCUCAACUUGAAAAUAAAUCUAUAAAAUCAUCAUAGUCUAAGUUAAUAGAUGAUACUGCAUCACCUUCAAAGAGAGAGGCUUUAGGUGAAUAUACUAAUUAUGUGUAAACUAAAAAGGAUCUAUUAAAUCAGUGUGAAUAAAUGAUGAGCAGCUAGAAACCACAGAAAUUGAGAUUUGAAGAUCAAAAUAAUCUACAGAAGCAAAGUUAAUUGAAAUAUAGUGGUUUGAGUUAGAUGUCAAAUGGAGAUGCUGUCUCUUUUAAUUUCUCACAAUCACCUAAUACAAACUAUUAGUCUCCAAACUUUCUAAGUUCCUAGCUAACCCAAGGACCUGCUCAUCAUUAGGUUAUUUAGUCAUCAUUAAAUCCAAAUUAAUAUGCUUUUCAAUAAGCUAUUAACGAGUCUCAGGAAAAUUUUAACUCCCAUCAAUAAAAUCCUAAUUAUUCAAGAGUUUAAACAAAUAUCUAGCCACAUCAGUUAGCUAACCAAAGUUUGAACUUGUUCCAACCCUUUGCAAAUCAAGAUUAUCAUAAAAAAUUGGAAAAGCUGGAAAAUUAAUAUCAUUCACCUCUGAAAUAAAAUGACAGAGGCUCAAGUAACAAUCGAAGAGCUAACUAAAAAAUUGAGGAUAGAUUAUUAGAUCUGGGAAAGUAGAGAGAUAUCUAUAUGUAAAAACUGAAGGAUUUUUAUUAGUAAAAAGAGAAUCAAGAAAUACUAGAAAAGCCAAUGAUAAAUCCAAAAUCUCAAGAGAUUGCAAAGUAUACUUAAGAUGUUGACCUUUAUGAAAGAGAAAUGGCAUUUUUAUAAAACAGAGACUAAGAAAGGCAGAAGAUUGCUGCUAGAUUAAUGGAAGAAGAAUCUUAGCAUAUUUAAGUUUCUCCAAGAAUAAAUAAGAAAUCUUAAGGACUUAAAAGGAAUGUUUAAGAUUUGCAGUUUUGGUCAUAAAAAUCAAAGUAAAAUAUUCAGGUAGUGAGAGACUAAAAAGAGAAGGAAGAGCUCGAUGAGCUGAGAAAGCUAAGAAGCGCUUCUAAACAAAGCAAGUUCAAUCAUAUUUAUCUCUAAGGAAGCCAACGAUCCUAGUCUAUUGAGGGGACAUCUAGUCCUUAGAAAGUGGAGGAAAGGCUAAUAAAUUCUGGCAAUAAAACUAAACAGAAGAUUGAUGGAUGGAGAAAAGAUAAGGAGAAGUCUAUUAAGAAAUAAAUGAAUUCUCCCUAGAUAAACAAACGAUCCUAGGAUAUAAAGUAUUCUUAAGUUCCAUUCCAUGAGAGACUUUACUCUCCUAAAAGGCAAAGUGAGAUGAUAUCAUAAAUGGAGGGUGAUUUCAUUAGUCAAUCACCCAGGGAUAUAAGCAGAGCUUACUCCGCUUAAAAAUCUCAAUACAAUAGAAAUAAUAAUAAAAUAUCUUCGCUAAAUGAAGAUAUAAACUUAGUUCCAUUUGACUCAAGAGGCUUUGUGGAAAGAGAUGAAUAUCUAAAAUAACAAGAAUAAGAAUUAUAGCAAUAAUAGCAUCACAGGUUGAUGCUCCGAUCUAUUGCUGGUGCGCGUAAUUCACAUCAAUAAGAUUUGAUUAAAGAGGCUGAUGAUGAAAGUAAAUACUCAUCAAUUGUUCACAAAUAUACUCCCUUAAGGUAAAGUAGAUCACCCAAUAGAGUUGCUAUUAUUGCAUCUAAGUCAAGAUCAAAUUCAAAAUCAAAGUCAAUAAGAAGGCAAAGGUUUGUUAAAAAAAUAGAUUAUAAUCACAACUACAAAAAGACCUUCCACAAAAAUGUGCUCCUCAAAGAAUGGCAGUACUUACCUCUUUAUGAAAGAUAACUUUUAUGGUCUAGAUAGAAAGAUAAGAAAACACUAUCUCUUAAAUAUGAUAUGGAUCAACAUGAUCUUAGAGAAGCUACAUUCAAGCCUUAAUUAUACGAGAGAUAGAAUCUUAACUCUAGCUAGAAAAUCAGAUCAUCCUCUAGAAAAGCUGAUAGCUAUGCAGAGAUUCAUAAAAACAAAAGAAAGCAUUCAUAACUGCUUUCCCCUGGGAAGACUAGAUAAUAAUUAAUAUCUCCAUAAAGAAAUUAAAACUAGCUUAAUCCUUCAUAAAGUUACAAUCACAGUGCAAACAAUAGUAUUCAUGGACAGGUUCUCAAAAACUUUAAUAAUACUUAAAGUUCACCCUAGCAUACAAGGAAUCUGAAUCCUUAAGUAUAUUCUAGUUAUAACAUGUCCUCUCCAAAGAGGAAUCUUGCUGAUGAUUUUAACAAUAAUCACUCAUAACCACCUGCAAUCAUUAAUUAAAACUAUAAGGUACAGAAUUUAAAGCAUAUGAAUUAAAAUAACUACUAAAGCAAUUAGCCAGCUCAGUAAAGUUAUCCAAAAGUAUAAGGAAUGGUAACUCAUCCUUUAAGAAUGAAGUAAAACAGCUCUAAUCAUUUAUAUGAUGGUCCUCCUUCAAUUACCACAGCAGCAACUAGUGAAAAAGUUGUAGAAAACGCAUUAAUGCUUGGAGAUGAUUACUAUAAGAAGAUGUAUUAAAUGGCUUCAGGCAAUAGUAAUUCAAAUAUUACUAUUGGACAUAGUAGCUUAUCAUAUAUUUGA